AUGACAAGCAUACACAUAACUCCAGGAAAACUUGUAGCAACUGGUACUAUUGAACCAGAGCUUCACUAUGGACCAUAUAUGCGUGAUUGGUGGGUUUUUUCUAAAGACAAUCAAGAGCAUAUAUCUUAUUCUAUUCCUAUACGAAAUGGAAAAAGUAGUGGUGUGGUUUCAAGUUCCUCAAUGGCAAUUACAUCAGUUUACCAAGCCAUCUUUGGCACUAAAACAAAAUUUGCGAGUUUAUCAUAUUUAGAUUUAGAACAACCUGAAACAUUUCAAAAAUUAUUAGAAAAUGUUAUUUUUUGUCCAUUUAUUAUAAAAAUAGAAAAUUUAUCAAUUUAUGUUGGUUCUCUUGGUAAAAUUACAUGUUCAAAUAGUAAUAUAGUUGGUCAUAAUUAUAUGGCAUCAUUGUUUAAUAAGUACAAAGCAAAACAGUCUGUUUUUUUUCAAACUGUUAAUGAUGACAAUUCAUAUUCAAUUAUAAUUUAUCAGGAUAGUCAAAUCAUCGCUGAAUAUAAAGAUAGUUCUCCCAAUGCCGUUUGGAUUCAAACUGGGGUUCUAAAAUCCUUCCCGGAUGAUACUUUAUUCGCUAUAAAUCACCCAACGACUUUACAACAAUUAGAUCAAAUAUAUAAAGCCAAAUUUAAUCAUCAAACGUUAAUACCAAAUGAGUCAGUUGGCAAGUCUGCUAAAGAAUGGCAUGAAAUAUUUCAAAGUUGGAACCAACAAAAAAGUAAUAUAAUUGAAUUAUAUACUCAUCUCAGUAAAAUAUAUGGUCCAAAUCAUGAAUUUAGAGAACGUGAACUGAGGGCAUGGUGUGCAAUUUUUCAUGCAACAGGAUGUACAAAUAUUACCCUCUAUGAUAAAGAAAUUUCUAAA